AUGAUCGAUGCAGCCAAUGAGACCAUGCCACGUGUCUGUGCUCCAGAGGCUGGCGUGCUUGCUUACAGGAGCAGAAGUUUUGCUGAUGAAGGAUUUAAUUUUGAGAGGACCAGGUUUGACUCGUUUGACCAGGCCAGGCUUCCAGGAACUGGACAGGGUGGGCAGGGAAGGAAAUGGGAUGAUGCUUUUUCAACUCCUGGGCUGUGGGACGAUCUGCCAGGCCAGUCAGUUGCUGCUUUGCUGGCAGCAUGGGCGGUAGACAAGUGGACCGCCACGUCAGCAUUUAAUCGCCAGCUCAUUGCCAGCAUGGACAGCGAGGGAGAUGCUCUGGCGGUUGGUGCAAUGGCGCCAGAACAAAUGGUGAGGUUCCACGUGGCACGUGCUAUUGGGAGGGUUGCAAGGGAGCAGGAGAUGUGCUUAUAUGGAAAGAAAUGUGAUGAAAAAGAUGGGAAGGGCGACGGUAUGCUUAGUAGGGUGGGUGCACGAGUGGCAGGGUGGAAGGAUGCUGUGGUUUUAGGGUCUCAGAAAAUCGUCACUGGAAGGAGGGAGAUGGAGGAGAGGCCAGGAAGUGAACGAGCGACGAUGGAAGAAGGGAGAAUCAAGGGAGAAGGAAUGGCAGCGGGGGCAGGAGGAACAGGGGAAGGAGGGACAGGGAAAGACGCAGCAAGCCUGUUUGUGACGCCAGCAGCCAUACGCAGCUGGUCUCGUGCGUUGCUGAAUUCAGCAUCCCCUCCUUCAUCUGCCUUCCAGCAACGAAACAGUGACGUCACUGUUGCCGCCCUGCAUGCACUGCGCACACUUGCCGACAUCAGCGACGACGUGGCACGCAUCAGCAAUGAUGUCAGCAGGUCUGAGCCUUCGCUGCGAGAGGGAAUAGCCCUGGAGGCAUUGCCGCAGCUAAGGCGUGUACUGGCUGCUUCCACUACUGCUGCCACUCAUGCUGCCUCUGCCUCUGGUUCUGCUCCUGCCUCUGCCUCUACCUCCAACUCUGCCUCUGGUGUUUCCACCAAGCGGCGUGACUCUGAUGUGCCCUCUGCACGUGCUGCCCCUCCAGGGAGUGUGCGAGGAGGGAAGAGUAAGGAGAGGAGGGAAUCUGAGGGCAGCAGUGUGGAGGAACGCGAGGAGGCAGAGGAAAAGGAGUUGGUGGAUCUGGCUGUAGGGCAGGCUGUAGCGUCCCUUGUGCUCGGCCGGCGAGUAUAUGAAGCGGCGGCAGUGGGGAGGCUGAUAGGGGCAGCGGCAGGAGGCCCCUCAGGAGACGCAGCAGCACCAUCAGCGUCACCAUCGCCAUCAUCCCUCUCACCUGCUCAGGUCUGCACCACACCUUCUCGCCCAGCAGUGGUGAUGCCUGUUCACGAGCUGAGGGCGUGGGGACCCGUGCUGGUGAGAUGGGCGUGUGGGGUGAUGGGCGGUGGAGGGGAAUCAAAAGCAGGAGAAAGAGGAGGAGCAGAGGAAGGGAAAGGAGGAGGAGCAGCAGGAAAGAGAGGUACAGGAGGUGAGGCAGCAGGGUUGCUGGGUGGUAGAAAAGGGCCGGCAGGGAGCUUCUUGGAGUCGAAUCUGGUGCCUUCUGCUGCCGUGGCUGCCACUGCUGCUGCUGGGCAGGCUGUUCUCGUGGAGGUGCUAUCUGCUGCUGUUCACAUGGCGCAUUCUGCCUCUGACUCCUCUCGUUCUGCUGCUGCUGCUGUGGAUGCGCGUGGGGGUGACAUGGCAUGGGGGGGAAAGGACAGGGGCGGGAAAGGGGAGCGAGGUAGGGCGAAUGUAGGGAAGGAGAAAGAGAUUGGCAAGGGAGGGAUGGCCGCGUGGAGGAACGGGCAGGUGGGGAGAGGGGCUGAAAUUGUAGGGAAGCAGGCCGAUGGGGCAGUGGAAGGGAGGCAAGAAGGGGUGGAGGAUGUGGAAGGGGGGGAAGUGGGGAGCUACAAGCUUGGGAAGGAAUGGACAGAUGUGGCGGUGGGAGUAGGCCUGCUGUGGCUCUCUGAAAUGCUCGUGUGCGCUGUCAGGGAUGGGGAGGCAGCGAGGCAAGCAGUGAAGAAUGGACGGGCAGGAGUGGGCUCAGGGGAAGCAGGGGGUCCGGGCAGGAAGGGAGAGGCGGGGCGGCAGGGAGGGGGCAAGGGAGCGGAGAGUGUGGGAAUGACAGUAGCAACAAUGAAGUACCUUGAGUCACUGUGGAGAGGAGGGAAGGGAGCAAACGGGCAAGGGUCUCCAGCCUCGCCUGCAGAUCAACCCAGUUGGGUUCAUCCUUCUGGGAAAGCUCCAAGAAACCAAGCAUUGCCAGGGGGGGAUGCACGUGGGGGGAAUUUUCCCAGGAAGCAAUCGCCUGACGAGCGGUUGCAUGGAGGGGCAGGUGGGGCGAGUGCGGGUGAGAGCGCAGGGGAGAAGUCCUCGUGGUGGUCGUAUGUGAAUCCGUGGGGUGGGUCGGGCGUGGCUGGGGCAGCGGGACAGGCAGCGGGGGUAGGGUCAGGUAACGUGCAGCAGGGGAGGGAGAGGGGUGUGAAGGGGCGGGCAGAGCAGGCGAGUGGUGCAGUGAGUGGGGAGGCGAGAGGGGAGCUGGGAGGGGCGUUGAGUGAGAAGCACCGUGCAGUGAGGGACGAGGCCCUGCGGUCCGCCAGCACUGCUGUUGUCCGCCUGGGUGAGGCACUUGGGAGUGAGGCAUGGGGAUGGGGGGGAGGGGAUGGUAGGAGGGGAGGAGGGGGGGAAAGGAAGAGCGGCGGGGGGGAAGUGCAAGGCGGUAUGGGGUCUGCGGUAGGGGAAGGCGGCAGAGAGGAGCGGGAGGUAGAAGGCCCAGUGCGCGUUGGUGUGAAGGGGGCUUUGGGGGAAAGGGGAGGAGAGGAAUCUCUGCCAGUGGUAAACGAUGCAGGCAAUGGCAGCAGCAGAUCCAGCCAAGCUGCUGCUGCUGGUGGUGGUGGUGCAGCUUCUGAUGCUACUGGUAGAAAGAAGGCAGAUGCUACAGUGAAGGUUACUGUAGAUGAGCUGGUUAAAGCAGCGGAAGAGGAGCAUGAGCAUUUAAUGGACCUGCUGGGCUUUGAAGGCGGGCUGUACUCUACGCGGUCAGGGCUGGUAGCUUCUAACGAGGAUAAACCCGUAGCCAGUGAUGGGCCUCCACGUGUGAAUGUUGUGGAGGCUCUGGACGCGGCUGCAGCUGCGGUGAAGGCGCUCGCUGAGCUGGCGAGCGAGGAUUGGCAGAUGCAGGAGCAGCUGGUGGCAGGUGGAGGGGUGGAGCUGAUGCGGCGGCUGCUGAUUGGUCGGGAGUACUGGGAGUGGGUGAGAGGGGAAGAGGAGGUCAGGCGGAGGGACGAGAAUGGGGCUAUGAGGGGCCUUGGUGCCAAGGAGGGUCAGAGUCAGCUGGAUCGCGGUAGCCGUCAACACAGCAGCGAACGAAGCCAAGGCAGCACGAAUACGAGUGCUGGUGGCGAGAGUAGCAGUAGUGAGAGUGCUGGGAGCGAGUGUGGAAAGAAGGAACUUCUGAUUGGUCUCGCUGCAUCUGCACCUGCCGCUGCAAUCGCAACUGCCAGGCCAAACACCCCCCCAGGCACCCAGCCCAUCUUAAAGCGAGACACCCGCCCGACAGCAUCCCAGUCAGGUCGCGCCACAUCAGCAGCAGCGACAGCUGGAGCCACAGCAGUGGUUCCUGCUCGUACUGCAGCAGCACCUGUUGACGCUGCAGGAGAGGAGGGGUUAGAAUCGGCCAGGGGUAAGCUCACAAAGCUCCAAAGGAAUGCCGCCCGGCUACUGGCCCAGCUGUCAGCUCACCCGGACUCGUGGGCGGCAAUCGCCAGAGACCCGCUUCUGAUUGGCUGGCUUGAACAGUGCACUACAGGCGGGGCACAUGAGGAUGCGGGGGACAGGAGAGGCAGAGGGAGUGAGCGAGCGAGUGAGAAAGGGAGUGAGAGGAAGAGGAAGACAGAGGAAAGCCGUAGAGGAGGAGCGAGGGAUGACACGGCUCAUUUGCACCACGUGCUCUCAACACCACAUGGCAUGAGAAGCUCCGAGCAGUCGGACUCUGAAUCGGAGGAGUAUGAUCAGCUGCUGUGUGAAGCGUGUGUGAGCAAGAAGAUGCGUUCCAAUGCUCGCAAGGUGCUUUCCCAUGCUGCGCCCGCGCUGCAUGCUCUGCCAGGGCCAGCUUCUGUUGCUGCUACCAGUGCUGCUUCCACGUCAGCCUCAGGCUGGCAGGAGUGUGACGUGGCGGUGCCAGGCUGGCACGAGCCAGGGAAGCAGUUCACGCCAAGGUAUGACGAUGGCAUCUUCUUUGUCAACCCCACCAGCCCAUGGCUCCAAUCCCACUCCCUCCCCACCCGCCUCUCCUCUACCUCCCUUUCCUCUACCCCUCCACUUUCCUCCUCCUCUUUCUCCUCCUCUUCUGUCUCCUCCUCUGCCUGCCCCGCCUCCUCUUCCACCUCCUCCUCCGUGACACAGCCCCCUGCGCCUGUCCUGGACGUGGUGUUUGUGCACGGGAUGAGGGGCGGGCCCUUCAAGUCGUGGCGCAGGGGAGAGGCAGUGCCCGCUGUAGCACCGCCUCCUGGAGCAGCCGUGGCACCUGUAACGAAAACGCUUACAGCAGGGACGCCUGUACCGGUGGCGACAUCUGUAUCGGGGACGUUAGUAGAGAAAGCGCCUGUGAUGUCAGGCCGUGGUGAGGAGCGAAGGGUAGAGGGCAUGGCAGGGGAAGGGAUGCGAGAGAGUGGGGUUGUGAGAGUGAACGAGGUGGUGGGUGAGGAUGAGAGAGCGGGUGAGAAAGUGAGGCAGCGUGGGGCAGAGAUAGAAAGAGUGAUGGGUGGGGAGGUUAGGAGGGCAGCAGUGGGUUUAGGUGGGGAAAGAGGUGGAGGGAAGGAGGAAGGGAAGAGCGUGGGAGAAAUGGAGGGAAUACUUGGGAGAGGGGAGAGUGUGGGGGAGGUGGAGCCAUCAAAGCUUCUGGAGGCGACACUGAAGGAGGAGGAGGAGGGUGGCAAGAAGGGGUCGUGUUGGCCCUGUGACUGGCUCGCCAGGGACCUGCCUGAAGCGCGCAUCCUCACCACCAAGUACAAGGUGUGUUACUUCUUCCCUUUUUGUCCGCUUCUUUUAGAUCGCCUUCCUGGGCUGUCCCAACUUCGAAGUGGGGACACCAAAAAGUGCAACUGGCACGUGCAAGCCAUUGGGCAUUGUGAUGAGGUGGAGGGGGAACGAAUCUGGACGUCGCAUUGUUCAGACGCUACCAACGACAUCAGCAUUCUGCUGCUGCACAAGCUGGUGGCAGCGGGGGUGGGCGAGCGGUCGGUGGUGUCUCAUUUUGCUGCUGCACAAGCUGGUGGCGGCAGGAGUGGGCAGGAGUCUCGUGGUGACAUCAGCAUUCUGCUGCUGCACAAGCUGGUGGCGGCAGGAGUGGGCGAGCGGCCAGUGGUGUUUGUGACGCACAGCAUGGGAGGGCUCAUUGUGAAGCAGAUGCUCGCCCUCGCACGUGCCAGCGACAUGCCAGAGGUUCGAGCCUUGGCUGAGAGGACAACAGCCAUCGUAUUCUAUUCCGUGCCGCACUUUGGCAGCAGGAUAGCAGACUACUCGUGGAGAGCCCGAGCUGUGCUGCGACCUGCACCUUCGGGCAAGAUCCAAGUGCUCUCCUUUGCUGAGGUGUGUGGGUUGGAAGAGGGCAUGGUGUAG